AUGGCUUUCUCCAGGCGUCUGGCCCGCCAGACAGCCUCGACCCUGCUUCGUCAGAGCCAGCAGCCCAUGUCUGCCAGACUGGCUGCUCGUACUCUGACGACUCAGUCGAGCUUCGCUGCUAGCAACCCCGCGCUGCUCGCGCACCCAAGAGAUCUACCAACCGCUUCCUCCAGGUCCGCAACGCAACCAGCAAUGCCCAAGUUGCGCCCAGUGCAAAGGCUUACCUCGAGAGCGGAGCCAUUGCCGGUGCCCAGAACCUGA